UGAAUUCACGCUCAGGCUCAGGGCUUGGUGUUGGUGUGCGUGGGCUCGACGUAGCGCGAAACCGCGACUGCGGCGCGACGAGCGUUGCGGGCCCCGAGGCGCGCCCGCUCGACGCCCGCGCCGGCGCACGGCAGCCACCUCGGGCAGCCUCCUCCUGGUGGGCCUCGGCGUCGGGACGAGGGACCGAGCGACGGCGCCGCCGCCGACGCGAGCAGCCGCCGACGCCGUCGACGGACGAGUCCCUGGGUGACAGCGACGUCGUCAUCUAGACUUUUACCCUCCUAGCACGCGGAAGGGCGUCGUCGUCGCGAGCGCGGCGACGGUUAUCAAAUCUACUUGGUCUGGUUGAUCGUCGCAUUCCUGCGGAGCGGACUUGGUUUGGGUUUCGCAUUAAACAAUAAAUGGGGCGCUGGUGUCGUGCUGGUUGCCGUUGCCGCCGCAGUGCUUCUUCGCCGGCCGCACGUCGGAUUCGGGCUCCCCUAACCUACGAUAGAUUGAGUGAGAAACGACCACGAGAAAAGAAAGACGCUGGCUCCUCACACGCGGUUGGCCUUGCCCACCGUGGCCAAGGCCUCGUCGGUCGUCUUGUUCGGCAGGUCGGCCUGCGCGGGGGAGGAUCGACGGCGGGCGACGCCGGCGACGCGACGCGCGAGACGUACCAGGCACGCGCGCGCCGCGUCUCGGGCGAGCUCCUUGCGCAGCUCGCCGGUCUCGUUGAUGCAGUCCUCGAUGGCCGCCGCGCGGCGCUCCAUGCGGCCCGUGAGGGCCAAGGCGGCCAGCGCCGGCAGGAAGGCGGAGACGAACUUGUUCUUCUUCGUCGACGCGUUAAUGAGGACCGUGACGUCGGGGUUGUUCGCGUCGCCGUCGCCGUCCAUCUCGACGUCCCCCAUCCGGAGGUGGAGCAUGAGGUGCGUGAGGCCGGCGGUCGGCGCGCCGACCUUGAGGCAGGUGUCUUCGACCGUGGCGUCGGCGCUGACCGUCGUGUACGGGCCGGUCUUGGACGUAAUGAUCAGGCGCGGCGUGGUCAAAUUGGCCUUCUUGGCCCCGCUGGCGCCGCAGUAAUCGACGACCUUGUCCUCGUCCAUCUGGGUGCUCUGGCUCUUGCCGGACAUGUUUUAUGCGGCGCGUCUGCCUGCGGAACGGAGAAGCGCUCGUCUCGCGCGGGAAUGGUUUUGGUGGGCUCUCCAGUCUCGUGGCGAUGUGUAGCUGUGUGGCGGGUGAGACGCUGUGUUUUGUGGUGCCGCGUCGUCGCGGCGUCGGCGUUUUUUGGGCAAUUUCUAUGCUUGUGAGAAAUUUGGUUUGCAGAAACGCUCGCGGUCGCGCGGCGUCGCGUUUGUUUGACACGGCGGCGUACUUGUGAAACUUUUUGACGGUGCUCUGUCGCUCGCAAAAGUAUGCGAGGCAGAGGAGAUAUUGGUGGCUAUGUCUGCGCGCCAAAACGCCGGCCGGCGGCCGGCUCGCGCCUUUUACUAGCGUGUAAUAGUGUAUAGUGUG